CCUACCUAUAUAAACAAAGGUACUCUGUGCUGUAAGCUGUUACUUCAUAAAUUGAUAUCGUAUUGUGGGUACAAGUUGUGUUCAUUGUUUGUGAUAGUAAAUUUUUUCUGGGAAAUUUUUCGAUACCUAAUUAACAAGUUUAUAGAGUAAUAAAAUGAAGUGUACAGCAGCUUUGCUAAUGCUGGUUGCAGCAGCUAGUGCUGUGAGCUUCUUUGAUCUUGUCAAAGAGGAGUGGAAUGCAUUUAAGCUCGAGCACAACAAGCAGUACGACAGCGAGGUGGAGGACAAGUUCCGAAUGAAGAUCUUCGCGGAGAAUAAGCACAAGGUUGCCAAACACAACGCGCGCUUCGCCCGAGGCCUCACCACCUUCACCCUGAAGCCCAACAAGUACAGCGACAUGCUGCACCACGAGUUCGUGCACCUCAUGAACGGCUUCAACAGGACUGCCAAACACAACAAAAGCCUGUACAGCAAGGGUCAGAAGCUGAGAGGAGCCAAGUUCGUGAGUCCGGCCAACGUGCAGCUGCCGGAGCACGUGGACUGGCGGCAGAAGGGCGCCGUGACCGACGUCAAGGACCAGGGCAAGUGCGGCUCCUGCUGGUCAUUCAGCACGACCGGCGCCUUGGAAGGGCAGCACUUCCGGCAGAGCGGGUUCCUGGUGUCGCUGUCGGAGCAGAACCUGAUCGACUGCUCGGGCGCGUACGGGAACAACGGCUGCAACGGAGGACUCAUGGACAACGCCUUCAAGUACAUCAAGGACAACGGCGGCAUCGACACCGAGAAGACCUACCCGUACGAGGCCGUCGACGACAAGUGCAGGUACAACCCCAAGAACACCGGCGCUGACGACGUGGGCUUCGUGGAUAUCCCGCAGGGUAACGAGCAGAAGCUGAAGGAGGCUCUGGCCACCAUAGGCCCCGUGUCAGUGGCCAUCGACGCCUCGCAGGAGUCCUUCCAGAUGUACGCCGACGGCGUCUACUACGACGAGAACUGCUCCUCCGAGAAUCUCGACCACGGGGUCCUGGUGGUGGGCUACGGCAGCGACGAGCAGGGCGGCGACUACUGGCUCGUGAAGAACUCGUGGGGCCGCACGUGGGGCGACCUGGGGUACAUCAAGAUGGCGCGCAACCGCGACAACCACUGCGGCAUCGCGUCCGCCGCCUCCUACCCACUUGUGUGAGCGCGUGCGAUAUACAUUUCAUGUAAUUUACUCAAUAGUGUGUAAGGUUAUAUAGUUAAUACAGCCCAGCUAUACUGAGAUUGUCGUUAGUGCUCUCUAUUCCACGCCACUCCCUGGCCUGGGCCAAAAUGUUCCCUCAGACUCCACCAGUUAAUCAUAUUCCAUAGUGUUAGAGAUAUUAUUAGCUGUAAGAUAAAUAUCUGAUGUUAUUGUGAUAAUAAAUGUGUUACUGAAUUAAGAUAAUAAAUUUUAUUUUGAGGAA